CAGGUCACUUUCAACAUGGAGAGUGGAGCAGGGAAGCAUUGGACUGAGGAGGAGGUUAAAGCCUUGUUAAGCGUCUGGUCAGAAAAAAACAUCAGAAAGCAGCUCCACGGCACCCUGAGGAAUAAAGGCAUCUUUAUCUACAUUGCUAAAAGGUUGCAGGAGCUAGGGGUUUGCAGGGACUGGAAGCAGUGCCGUGCAAAGUACAAAAACCUGAAGUACGAAUACAGAACGGUUAAAUAUGCCCACAACUCGGGGGAUGCCACUAAAACCAUGAAGUUUUUCCAUGACCUGGAUGCCAUAUUGCGAUACGAGCCCGUCACACAGUUAGCAGCAGAAGAAAACGGCAGGUGUUCUGCGACCGAGCCGCAGCUCCACACAAGCCCCACCACAGACACCACGCAAGGUGAAAUAUCAGUUUCUUUAGAAGAUGAUGAGGAUGUUCCAGGAGAUCCACUGCUUUUUAUGUCCCAUGUCAGACCAGCCCAACUAGGUGAUCCACCAUCAGCAGUGGAGGCUUCCAAAACCCCAGCUUUGAUUCCUACAGUAGCAAAUGAAGGAGGCAAGCACUGGACUAUCAAUGAAGUCAGAGCUUUGAUACGUGUGUGGUCAGACAAAAAUAUCCAUCAGCAGCUGGAGGGCACAGUGAGAAAUAAAAGAAUAUUUGAGCAGGUUGCUGCUAGGCUCCAGAAGUUUGGAAUUGAGAGGGACUGGAAGCAAUGCAGGACUAAAUACAAAAACCUGAAACACGAAUACAAGAGUGCAAAGAGUGCCCAGGACUCAGGGAGCACAAGCAGAAGCAUGAAAUUCUUCAAUGAACUGGAUGCUAUUCUGGGGCACAGCACCCUGGAACAAGCAAGUAAACCAGAUCAUGAUGAAAGUGAGAGGCCUCCAGAGUGGACAGAAGCAAAAUCAGAAAAGGACUCCAUAGGCAUGCCUGGGGACACAGGAGAAGAGGACUCUCUUAGCAAUAUGUCAGAAGACCUACGGGUUGCAGACAUAAAGAAAGUUUCUGACUCAGAAAUGCUUGAAGAUGAGGGGGACUUUGCCAAUUCCACCCCAGCAGCUCUGGAAGCUACACAAAUAAAGAAGGAGACAAUUGAAAUAGAUGAUGACUUUACAAGCACUACCUCAGAAGACAGACCUUGCACACCAGUAGCAAAACGGGGGGCUGGUACAGACACUCUCAUUCCCUUGGAGGAAGCACAAAAUCACUUCAAAGUCAUCACUGUGAGCGACAGUGGGGCGGGGAAGCACUGGAGCGAUAACGAAGUCCGAGCUCUGAUAAGCAUAUGGUCAGAUGACAAGAUACAGCAAAUGCUUGAGGGGGCCACAAGAAAUAAAGAGAUCUUUGAGGAGAUUGCCAGAAGGUUAAUGAAACGUGGCAUAGACAGGGACUGGAAACAGUGUCGCACCAAGUACAAGAACCUCAAGUACGAGUACCGCGCCCUGCAGAAGGAGAACGAGCACCUGGGCAACCCCAGGAGGAAAAUGAGGUUUUAUGAUGAAGUCGACUGUAUCCUGAGAAGGCAGCCCCUGGGGCCCUCAGGCUGGGGAUGUGAAAGCUCAGGCAUCCUACCAGUGGGAGAUGUUCCAGCAAACACAGGAUCCUUGAGCAUCAAGAGAAAAACAUGGGCUGAUGAGGUGCCACCUGUUCCACUGAAGAAAAGUGCUUCUGAAAACACCAUCCUCCACUUCCAAAAGCUGCUAACAGAGAGAGUGCACACAGUGGCAGAAGGCAAGAAGUUACUGCUGGAAAGGCUUUGUAAGCAGGAAGAAAUGCAGGACCUCUCCAGGACACAGCUGUAUGCUGAUCCCUCAGCCACACAACAGGUGCCCGCGCCCGCUCCCGCCGCCGCCAUGGCCCCCGCAGCAUCAGACAUGAAACUGGGUAAAAAAGUUAAUGAAGGUAAAACGAAAGAAGUGUACGAGCUGCCAGAUAUGCCGGGAUGUGUUCUCAUGCAGUCAAAGGACCAAAUCACAGCGGGAAACGCGGCCAGGAAGGACCGAAUGGAGGGCAAAGCUGCCAUUUCCAACACAACAACCAGCUGCGUGUUUCAGCUGCUCCAGGAAGCUGGAAUCAAAACAGCCUUUGUCAGGAAGCAGAGCGACACAGCAUUCAUAGCAGCCCACUGCGAGAUGAUCCCCAUUGAGUGGGUGUGCAGGAGGAUUGCUACUGGCUCCUUCCUCAAGAGGAACCCUGGUGUGAAGGAAGGAUACAGAUUCUACCCACCCAAAAUUGAGAUGUUUUUCAAGGAUGAUGCCAAUAACGACCCCCAGUGGUCUGAGGAGCAGAUCAUUGAGGCCAACUUCUGCUUUGCUGGCCUCACCAUUGGGCAGACUGAGGUGGACAUCAUGUCUCGUUCCACUCAAGCUAUCUUUGAGAUCCUGGAGAAAGCCUGGCAGCCCCAGAACUGCACCCUGGUGGACCUGAAGAUCGAGUUUGGGGUCAAUGUUCUGACAAAAGAAAUUGUUCUGGCUGAUGUUAUUGAUAAUGAUUCCUGGAGACUGUGGCCAGCAGGAGACAGAAGCCAGCAGAAGGACAAACAGUCCUACCGGGACCUGAAAGAAGUGACCCCUGAAGCUCUGCAGAUGGUCAAGAGGAACUUUGAGUGGGUUGCAGAGAGAGUGGAGAUGCUUCUGAAAACCAAGAGCCAAGGCAGGGUGGUGGUGCUGAUGGGAUCCCCUUCUGACAUCACUCACUGUGAGAAAAUCAGGAAGGCCUGUGCCACCUUUGGGAUCCCCUGUGAGCUCAGGGUCACCUCUGCUCACAAGGGGCCGGACGAGACCCUGAGGAUCAAAGCGGAAUACGAAGGAGAUGGAAUCCCAACAGUGUUUGUGGCAGUAGCUGGCAGAAGCAAUGGCUUGGGGCCAGUCAUGUCUGGUAACACUGCUUACCCAGUUGUCAACUGUCCUCCCCUCUCAGCUGACUGGGGCACUCAGGAUGUGUGGUCCUCUCUCAGACUCCCCAGUGGUCUUGGCUGCCCUACAACUCUGUCACCUGAAGGAGCUGCCCAGUUUGCUGCCCAGAUCUUUGGGUUAAACAACCACUUGGUGUGGUCCAAGCUGCGAGCCAACCUGCUGAACAGCUGGGUCUCCUUAAAGCAGGCUGACAAGAAGCUGCGGGAGUGCAGCCUGUAGGUGGUGCUGAGCAGCAGCUCUGCCCAGCUCUGCACACUCGCUGCUGUUAGGGUUUACCUUGGGAGGAGCUCCGCAGUCCUGCCUCCUCCCUUCCAGAAGAAGGCAUUGUUGGAGCAGCAGAUGAAGUCUGUGUUCUCCUCCUUCCCUCCUGUCUGUUAGUGCAACACCUCAGUGAAAGGUGGGGAAGUAGCAGUGUAGGUAUCUCCUGCUGCUCUGCUUUCUUAGCAUAGCCAGACCACCUCCAGAGAAUGAUUUGGUGCAGCCUCAAUAGAACCCAACUAGUCUGCUCUGUUCUGUAGCUGUGAUAUUCCUCCAUGGUCCUCAUCUGUGUCCUGAGCCUUCCUCACUGGAGCAGUGCUGGCAGAAGCCAGUGCUGCUGCUGUGCUGCUUGCAAUGCUGUCUGCUUUGCUUAGCACUAGCCUGGCACCCUGGGCUCUGUUCCUGGGAAAAGGGGCUGGAAAGAAGGCUUGAGCCUGAAAUAAAUGCCUGCCUUCUUUCAAGAGCAAGGGUCUGCAUACAUGCUUGGGUGCUGGGUUGAAGUGUGUGCAUACCUGCCCCAUUGGUACCUUCUGGGAGGGUGAGGGACAGUUGCCACCACCUCCCUUGUUCAUGCCUGUUUGCUGUGCCUCCUGCCCGGCCCAGGCUUUGCCCUGGGCAGAUCUCUGCCCCCAGUAGUUCUAAAGGGUCUGUGUGAUGCUGUCAACCUCUCUUCAUGCACUCACUGGCUGUAGCUAUUAGCUGUCUGUAGUUCUUCACUCUUUCUAGGGAAGCUUGACUGAAGGAGGGAAUAAACAGUAAAGCAAGCAAGUGCUGGAGGGCAGUGUAAGCAUGAGUGUCUUGUCACCCCCCUGAGCAGCUACCAUCCAGACAGAGCUGCCCUUGCUCAAUGGAUGUAACAGUUAUGCUUUUACAAGUACAAAUAAACUGUGGAAUUACUCAAAGCUGCUUCCUGGAGCCUGAAGUGCACUCACUGG